UAGAAAAGUCGUUACUGAUUACCAAACUAAACAAUUAGAAAAAGAUAUUGAAAUCUUGGUGUCUGCUAAAAAGAAAAGUCCGGAAGAACGUCAACAAACCGAAGACGCGGCUCGUGAAAACGCCAAAAAAGAGGAAGAGAGGCUAAAAAAAGAAGCCGAAGAAAAGGAAAGAAAGAAACGGGAAGAAGAACAAGAAAACAAAAGACGAGCGGAAGAACAGGCCAGACAACAGGAAUUAAACCAGAAAAGAGAUAGUUUUAUUGCCGAAAUCACCACUGCUCUUAAUCAAGAACCUCCACUUACCAACGAUGAAUUAAGCCCUAACCGAUAUCCAAGCCCGCCGGAAAGACAAAAAAAAGACUUAAAAAAACAAGAAACCGAAAGCACUUACCAAAAAAACCAAGAAGAAAUUAACAAUUUAAAAAAAGAAAGGGCUACCGAAGAUUCAAAACGUUAUGCGGAGGAAGUUAAACAGGAUAUCGAACAAAAACUAAAAGACAGCGGAAUUAAAGAGGAAAACUUAACUGAAGAAAAAACCGAAAAUAAUGUCAAACAAAAUAUUUACCAAGAAGAGGCCGCGAAAAAAAUAAUUAAUUUUGCUACUCUGGUCGAGCAGGUUCUAAAAGCAAAAGAUAAAUCUCGAAUUGAGACCCUAAAAAAAGAAUUACUACUUUUCUUAAAUUUAUUUUCCGCUGAAAAGUUAAAAAGGUUCG